AUGAAGACUUUCUACUUGUUGGCAAUUUUUGCCUUAGCAGCCACAGUUUCGGCCUUCCCAGUGGAAGAAGGUCGUGAAAAUGGCGAAAAUGGCUGGUAUAUUCCGCAAAUCGAUGGCUCUUUCGUCUGGAUGAGCACUGAAGAGGGUGAAGCUCUGCUCGACGCAAUGGAGAAGGACGAAGGCGUGGAGGAUCCUACGUACCUUACUCUUGUACCCGUCUCCUAUUACUUGUACACCAGCAAAAAUCCCACUACCGCACAGAAAAUUUCGGCUACCAAUACAUCGAUUUCGGAAUCGAACUUCGAUGCUAGCAACCCUACCAGAAUUUUGAUUCACGGUUGGUUGCAAGGUUACAAAGCCAGCAUGAAUACUGAAAUUCGUGAUGCUUGGCUGAGCCGUGGAGAUUAUAAUAUCAUCGUCGUAGAUUGGGCACGCGCUCGUCUCAUUGAUUACGUCUCUUCUGUCCUGGCUGUUAAACCCACUGGCGUGAAGGUGGCCAGUUUUAUUAAUUAUUUAGUGCAAAACCACAGUCUCUCCUUCGACACAACCGAAGUCAUCGGACACAGUUUGGGCGCUCAAAUUGCCGGUUACACUGGUAAGAAUACCGACGAUAAGCUUCAUGCUAUUGUCGGUUUGGAUCCCGCUCUACCACUCUUCAGCUACAGCAAACCCAACAAGCGUUUGAAUAGUGAUGAUGCCGAGUAUGUUGAGUCUAUUCAGACAGAUGGUGGUCAAUUGGGCUUCUUGAAACCCAUUGGUAAGGGUGCUUUCUACCCGAACGGUGGUAAGAAGCAACCUGGUUGUGGCUUGGAUUUAACUGGCGCUUGCAGUCAUGCUCGCUCUUGCACCUAUUACGCUGAGGCUGUGAAAGAGAAUAAUUUCCCCAGCAUGCGUUGCGGAACCUACACAGAGGCUGUGGCGAAAGAGUGCGGCGCCUCCUACAGUGGUGCGAAAAUGGGCGCCGUAACUAAUGCCUAUAUGGUGACUGGAGAUUACUAUGUACCCGUACACAGCACUGCACCAUACGGUUAUGGAUCUUAAAUGGGUCACACUUUCAAAAAACGAGCAUAGAUAAAUUCUUAAAUAAAAAAAUUUGCUACCAAUUA